GAAAAUGUACCUUGCAGGCAGGUGAGUGUCUUCCAGGUGCCACGCCUUAGCCGCAUCAUAUUUAAGGCGAGCACCUGCCUCCCGGACGCAUUCUCCCACUCCGAGGAAAAAGAAAAAAGGAGCACGUUAUCCAAAAGACUGUAUCAGAAUGCAUCGAGGACUCAUUCUGGUUGUGGCCACCUUGGCGCUUCUGGCCACUGCGCGGGGGACGGCCCAUUUGACGUUUGACAGCACCAUGGCCAACGUCACCCGGGAUGGCUGCGACGAGACCAAUCUCUGUCUGGAGGACCCGACCGACUGCGACCCUGUGAAUAACACCGAGUGUCUGUUUGCAUCCUUGAACGCAAUGAUGAUCAUGUCCCCCGACGGCUUCAACCUGUCUGUGGCUCUCAGUGGAAACUCCUCGGGAUUGAUCGGCUUUGGACUCACGCAGAAUUUCACUACGAAUGACACGCAGCUGUUUGUGUGUGGAAUGGACAGCAACGAUACGUUUUUCUUUCAAACCUUGUUGAGAAGCUCAGAUGGUACUCUGACGCCAAACGAGAGGACCACGACUCAGAUUCGCAACAAUCUGAACGGGACCCUCAUCCAAUGCGAGUUUAUCAUUCCUAAUGUAAACACAACUAUGAACGGCGAGAUGAUGGACGGGACCACUUCCUUUGUGGUCCUGGGAAACGGGGAGGUGAACAUGAGCACCAACCGGACAGAAAGCUUCACGCCAAUUCUGAACAGCGAUCGGGUGAACCUCACCGACGCUCAAGGCACCAUCAUUGACCCCCCCGUCGUCCCCCCGGUCGUCCCCCCCGUUGUCCCCGUCCCCCCCGUUGUCCCCGACCCUCCAAGAGUUCUGAACAUCAACCGGGUCGGCUGUGGAAACACCAAACUGUGCAUUGAGUCGCCCGACGACUGCAACCCCAUGAGCGAUAGCGGGUGUCUUUUUACAUCUUUGGCAACCACCACCAACGCCACGGCGGGAACCUUUGACAUCAUGGUGGAGCUCGCUGGCGAGUCCAACGGAUACGUGGCUAUGGGGCUGACGGCAACCGCGUCGGAGGGUGUCACCGAUUUGUUCAUCUGCGGAAGAAACAGCAGCAACGACUCAUCUAUAAUCGGCCGACUGGCCCGAAACAACACCGACAAUUCUCUCACUGAAUUGGUUGAGGAUCUGGCCGAUCCGGAUAUUGUUGUGAACGGAACGUCCAUCCGCUGUACCUUCACCAUUGUCGGCAUCAACUCCACUGCCAGCAGACAAACUGUCACCGGAACCCAGAACAUGGUCUUGCUGGGAAAUGGAACCAUAAAUGGAGGUAUGAUUGGUAACUUCAAUACCAUUGAAAACAGCGCAACUUUGGACAUCACAAACCCCUCAGCUAACAUCGACAUCAAUCCGGCGGUUGCGUUGCCCUUGAACAUCUCCCGGGAAGGCUGUGGUAGCACGAACCUGUGUGUGGCGAGCCCAGAGAAUUGCGACCCCUUGACCGCCCCCAUGUGCCAGUUUGUGGCAUUCAAUGUCAGCGUUUCCGAUGCAAAUGAAUUCAACAUGACCGUCCGUCUGAGGGUAUAUUCCAUGGGCUACGGUGCCAUUGGACUGGCAGCAAACGCACAACAGGGCACAAGCCAAAUUUUUGCCUGUGGAAAUGACAACACUGGAAUGCCCUUUGUCAGAACCUUCCUCAUAAACAACCCUAAUAACACUUUAACUGCAAACAGCAGGAUCAUUAUGAAUCCCAUUGUCGAUGUGGCGAACAGGUCCAUCCAAUGCCAAUUCACAAUCAUCAAUUUAAAUGGGGUGCAAACCAGGGAGACCAACGGCACAAUCGCAGACGUUCUCCUGGGAAACGGAACGCUGACUGGAAGUAUGCUCGGCCCCUUUAAUUUCAAUCUGACCCGGCGAGUGAACCUCACCUCACCCACCGGUACCAUCAGCAAUGACGACGGUGGUGAUAUGAUGAACGGUGCACGGGCCCAAAGGAGCAGUGACGCCUUGCUGGUCCUGCUGAGCCUCGUCACGCUGCUGGCGAUGCUCCAAAGCUAAGACGGGUCAGGACAAGCGGCAGACGAGGAGCCCGUCCGUCCGUCCGUCCCGAUGACAUUUACAGCGCUUGCUGUACGCCUGUGAAACUACCACAUCGUGUGUUCCAAUAGCCUUUUUCUUUUGUCUGUUUGCAUAUAAUCUUUUUCAACAGCGUUGCCCGGCACUUUGACAGCCCGCGUGACUGGUGUGACGGGGAGCCGCGCCAUGAAGGCAGAUCAAUAGACUCGUCUAGUCUGACGAGUUGGAACUGUUUGAGUUAGAAACCCAGCCCUGAUCAUAAUUAUUUCUUGUGCGUCUUUGUUACGUGUCAGCAAUGUAAAUUAUUUAUGCCUAUCUAAAAAUGUGCACCAAUAAAGUUGAAACUAUGA